ACCAGGCUGUCCGAGUCGUGUCAUCAGAUCGGCUGCCCCAUCGACUGUUGGCCCGAGCCCGGGCCGGGCGAGACUGUGCAGUUCAACAACCAGUUCACGGAGCACCCCCCGGCCAGCGCCGCGAUCGCCGACCCGCAGGCCCAGGCGCAGUCGGGCCCUGGACCCGACCACCAUCAGAACCAACCGUGCGGCCGGCUCAGUCUGCCCGUGGCCUCGCCGGCUGCUCGACCGGCCGGCCGGCCUCGGACCAAGCGCGUUGUGGCCAGAAGCGACCGGGCCCACACCUCGACGCCUCCCGAUCUCGAGACCAGACCCGCCUCGGGUGGGCGGAAGGCGAUCAACGAACCGCCGACAGCCUCCAAGUCCAGGCGUCGGGGUUCUGGGGCCACCUUCCUCAGGACCGACUCGGAAGAUAGGCCUUUUCCUUGUCCAGUUCCUGGUAAUCCCCCCAUGCAUCCAAGCCAAAUCCUUCCACGCCCAUGCGCUUUUAAGGCUGGUCUACGGCGUCUGCAGCGGAGACCUGAUCCUGAAGGCUCGCAUGAUGCAAUAUUUGUUGUCACAGCCUUCACUUUGUUCACUAUUGCGAGCGGAGGGAGUUCGUAG